UAUCCUGACCCACGACUGUACUCUAGACCCUGACCUUUAAACUCAGGUUCUUUUAUCACUUUUUCACGAUAUAUAUCAAGAGUUCAUUAUGAGGACCACGGAGAAACUCUCAAGAACUUUUCCCCGUGGAAGUUCACACCUCCCACUCUGCAGCCUGUGAUUUUACCUGUUUUUUUUUUUUUUUCUUUUUUGGAAAGACUUGAAUCAGUUUACCUUCAUGCAUGAUGCGAAACUACUACUCCAGCACAUGACGUAGAAGUUUGAAGUUUGGUGAAGCCGCUGGGGGAAAGCUGUCCACUGAGCCCUCUCUGUGUGUCGGGGUCUCCUCACCUGAUUGUCCCGCCACUCCCCGCCGGUGCAGAGCCUCUCUGCGGCCCCGCGGCUGUCAGGAUGGGGACACUGGGAGCUCUGCCUGUUUGGAAAGCCACGAUUUUCUUCUUUAACUUAAUCUCAGCUGCUGUGGCCAAAAGACACGUCGUGUAUUGGAAUUCUACAAACACAAGGUUGACGGCAGGAGAUCUGUCCAUCCAGGUGGACCAGAAUGACUACCUGGAUAUUUACUGCCCGCACUACCCCAACAAGGGCAGCCAGGGCCCCGGGCAGCCAGAGACGCUGGCCCUCUACCUGGUGGGAGAGGGCUCUUUCCAAGGCUGCGUGGAGACCAGAGGGGCCAUCAAGAGGUGGGAGUGUAACACGCCCUUCGCUCCGUUUGGACCGGUGCGCUUCUCUGAGAAGAUCCAAAGGUUUACCCCCUUCUCGCUGGGGUUUGAAUUCCUGCCAGGGAAACACUACUACUACAGCUCUCUACCGGCAGAUGAAGGCCCUCCUCUGCCAUGUAUGAAGUUGCGUGUCACCGUGUGCUGUGAGACCACACCAGAGACUUCACAUCAACGAGGAGCAACCGUACGUGGAAGAAGCGGCUGCUCCCUGAGGACAGCUUCACCUCCACUCCUCCUCCUCGUCCUCCUCCUUCUCCUCCUCCUGCUGACUACCUGACUUCCUCUUCUGUCCCCACCGCUGCCGACCUCGCACCCCGCUCUCUGCCAGACCGGGAGAUACUCCUCAGACGUUCAAGUACACAAUGCAAUCUACGCUCAGACAGUGAAUGACGCCAUGCAAUCUAUGCUAAGCUACUGCGAAACGACACAUAUUACCUUGACACUGGUUUACCUGUGACAUCCCAGAAAGAAUGUGCGUGACUUCUGCAGAAUGGGGCCACAGUGACUCAGGGACCGACACGGCGAAUCACAGUGAUUCAUAACUUGUUAUUUUUCCUCUCCCACCAGUUGUAUACAGAAUAUUACACAUAGAGCUAGUCAUAACACUCAUAUUCCACUCUGAUGCCAGAAGAACAAUGAGUCUGUCAGGAAUUGUUCAAACCAAGUUUCCUCACUUUUUCAUCUCAGUUUCUUAUUUUCUACUUAUUGUGUUGUAUUUUUUUGAGAACCUGCCUCCUUUAAAAAAAAAAAAAAAAAAAAGUGGCCAAAUAAACACAUACUACUGUACUGGGUGGCUCAGGCUGGAGGUCAAUCAGUUAGCUGGUGACUUUUUCCUUUUUUUACAUGGUUAGACAUAAAUAACUGACACAUUUUAACUGUCUCAUUUGCAUCCAAUUAAGAGAAAUGUGUCAAACUUUUUUUUCAACUAAUUAGAUUUUGGAAAUAAAGGUGUUUUAGGAGGAAAUUAGGAAUGUUCUGGAAUAGUCAAGCAGGGCUGCUGCGCCCCCUACUGGGAUCAAACUGGUUUAACUGGAGUUGGACUGGGUUGGCCAUAAGCUCAGAAACUGGACACUAGAUUGUGAUGCAGUUUGCUAAUAAUCGGACCUGGGACAGAGUCUGUCCUCUGUGUUUGGACCCCUUGUUGUUCUGCCUCCCCAGCCCCCUCUCUGCUUCAGACUGAAGCACAGAACAGAGGGGCUUAUGGGUAAACGGAGAGCAUCAGCUCGCCUCGCUUCCACUGAAAAACACUGCGGACCAAUGAGGAGGCUGAUUGGGUGAUGCUCCUGGUGACCAACCAGGUGUGCUAAUAUGCACAUAAGCUUUUUGUUCCUUUUGUUGUUGUUUGUUUGUUUUCUGUUAUUUUUUUUCUAUCCAGGGUCCUUGAUUUUAGGUAUAGUUAAUAUAUUCUGCAAAAUGACAUAUUAACUACAUAAUUCCAUGUUUUCGUAACAACUGGCCUCUAUUUAAAGACAAAAGUCUGACAAAAAAUACUAAUUUGACAUGAACAAACAAUGUAUUAUAUUCUACAUAAAUAUGUAUAUACUUCUAUUUUGCUCUGCUACAAUGUAGUUAAAUAAUUAGAUGAUUUUUUUUGCCAAAUAAUUUCUUUAAAUAAAUCACUCUAAUUGACUAUAAUAGAUUAAGAGGAAAUAUGACAAUGAAUGAAUAAUUCAUUUAUGCUUUAAAUUGAAAUUUGAGAUAAUUGAGGUGUGUAUUUUUCAUUGAAAUGUAAUGAAAUUUAUAUAUUUAUAAAUUUACAGAAUUAUUUCCCUGCAAUAUUUGAGUGACAUGAGCUCAGAAAAUCAUUAAUAAUUGUUAAUUUUGUCUAAUUAACAAUUUUUUCUAUCUUUAAAAAAAAACUACAUUGUCAGCACUUAAUAUUUUCCCCUCGUGCUGUAAAUCACACCAGUCAUGCUAUUUGUUUUUAUCUUUAUUUUCUGUUAAUUUCCUAAAUGGGUGAUAAACUGAUGUUUGAAGAUGUGUUAAAUAAUUUCAGUGAUGUAGAAUUUUUACAAUCAUGUACAACUAGGAAUUUGUUUUUGAUUUCUCUAUGUGUGUGUAACUUGUUCUGCUUUCACAUUUUAGUGAAGAAAGUAGCUUCUUCUGUGAAGAGCCAACUGCAAUCUGAGCCUUUUUUUUACACGGCGAGACAACAAAAAUAAAUAUGAUUGCAUUUAAA